AUGGAGAAUUAUCUCAACCGCGCAAAUGCGGUUUUCUGCUCGCUAAUGGUCAGUUUGGGUGUUUUAGCCCUCGGGAAUAUCGCAUCUUCCUACUUUCUAGUGGGCCCCAUUUCCGGCUCAGUUGCCGUACGAGAUGUAUACGCCUUUGGCUAUAACUAUGCCUUGAACGGGGACCAGGCCGUGCUUUCUCUGGACAUUAAGGCAGAUCUACGGGGUCUCUUUCAGUGGAACGCGAAACAGCUGUUUGUGUUUGUGGUUGCUGAGUAUGAAAGCCCGCAGCACCCGACGAACCAGGUGGUUGUAUUUGACAGGAUUAUAACCGACGAGAGCGCAGCAGUCCUCAAUCUAGUAAAUGUCCCUGCGAAAUAUCAUCUGCGAGACAAAGGGAAAGGACUGAGGGGCAGAGAAAUUACUGUGAAGCUGCAAGUUGUUUACCACCCAAUUGUCGGCCGUAUAUUCACCCAAACCGUCGCCUCCAACACUUUCCGCAUGCCGGCUCAAUACGAUCGCGUGUCACAACAAAAACAGCAGGAGCAGCAGAGGCAACAAGCGAGGGAAGCUGCAGUUGCAGCAGCUGUAAAGCCUGAAGAUCUCCAGUAG